GAGUACUACAUCCUGUACCCCAGGGUGGCCUCCGAGCGGGAGGUCGACGAGGCCAUGAGGGACCUGCUGGACUGGGAAAGCGUGGUGAAGGAGACCGACGCCGCCCUCCGCAGCUCCAAGAAGGGCCCCCUCUCGGCCGACGACGCCUGCCAUCGCACCGCGGCGCCCAUCCGCGGCCAG